CACGUGUACUUCCCCUACAGGUGCCGCCACCCUGGGAAAGGGUCUGGGCGGCAUCAUCCUGUCGCGCCUGUCGAGGUCGUACGGUACAGGCGUCACAGAAUCCGAGGGCGACGCCGACACCGGGGAGGUUUCACCGACCGGCGAAUCCACAUCUGCAAGCCACGGGGAGCAACGCAGAGAGUCGUGCGAGCUAGCGACAACACCACCGCUGCUGCCGUUGCUGCCGUUGCUGCCGCUGGUGCCGCCACCGCUGCCGAUGGAGCUGCCGAUCGGGAUGCCCGACGCGGAGAGGCUGAUGGCGCAGGUGCCGCUGAUGCACGGUGUGGGCGUGAGGCAGACGCCGGGCGGAUUGCCGAACCAGGCGGAGCCGGAGCCCAUGCAGGCUACGGCGCAGGAAGGAGCUGGCCCCCCUCCCCCCGCGGUAGAGCUCGAGUACCGCAUGGACUUCGAGCUGCGCGAGGGAUUGGUGGAGAGCCGCUACUGGUCGGCGGUGACGUCGCACACUUCGUACUGGAUGUCGCCGGACAUCGCGCUCUUCCUCCUCGCCUUCCUGUGGUCCGACGUGGAGCCGCAGCAGUCGUCGUGAGAGACGUCGCCGUGGGUCGUCUUGCGUCGUCGCGGCCUAACCCUCUAACCCCCCAACUCCCAAGACGAUGACGAUGCCGCCACCACCGCCACCACCGCCACCACCGUCGCCAGUCGCCAAUCGCCAAUGUCGUUCCCGCUCUCAGAAAUUGUGAUCCGACGCCAGCCGAGAUGCUGCGCCGGCGGUGUUGGUAUUUGGUUGUUGUUGUUGAUGUUCGAGUUGACGUCGUCGUUGUUUGUUACGAAGAAAGAAGCGGGUGGAAGUUGUCGCGUUUAUUGGCAGGCGAACAAGCGAACAAGCGAGCGAGAACAACAGCGGCCGUGUUGUUUUGGAAUUACGUCCGUCCGUUUUGUCCGUCCAUCCGAGACCGUUAGAACUGUGCACCAGGAGUUCUGGAGCCUGACCGAAGUGCGUCCACGGUUGUAGCAAACAGCGGCGGCUGGUGCGGUUGGCUGCACCGCCUUUUGAUUUCGUAUCCUGUGAAGCUGCGCGCCGCUAUUUUUGAGGAUAUUUGCACAAGUUCUGACAUCAACCGAAUCGUGAAUAGCACAGCACGAUAACCAAUAACCACCGCAAGUUUACACACACGCGCGCGUGCGCACAGUCACGCACACACACACACACGGCAACGAUCGCGUCCACAAACCUCGCACACAAUAACAACAAACGCAACUUCACACACGAUAACCAACAGCCACACGACUCGCAAGCCUGCCAGUGACAAUUUGUGUGACCUCUCUGGUUUUACCCUCAGUUUGAUUGACACGCACAUACAUGCACACGUAUUGUAUAUAUAAAAUAUAAAAAAAUAUGUAGGUGCUUAUAACCAUUAGCUGGUACAGAGUAAAGCUCAUGGGACAAUUUCCAAUGUCCUUUUAGCAACUGGUAAUAAUAUAAAUGAAUUUAUCAAGCGUCUGAAUGUGACCGCAUGUCUAGAUAUUUCUCUAGCAAAUGUGCCCUUAAAGAGUGGGGACACGAGGUCCGGGGUUGCCACCUGUCCAGGGUUGGCAAGGGACACUCCGGGAAUUGGCGUCUUGUGUUCGGAUGGCAGGAGUUGAUUUAUGCCGAAAACUGGUAUCGGCAGGGCGCCGUUGAAGUUUGUUGCGGUAGAAUGCAGCACAUUUGUGAGAUAAUAGACCUCGUGCUGACGGAGAAAUAUGCCCCGGGUUUUUUUGUGUGGCGUGAGGGUGGUGGUGUUUUGCAGGUGGAAGACACAAGGGAGAAAAGAAGGGAACACCUUAACAAUAAUUAUCUUUAUUCAGGAAAGACUCGCCCGAGACUCCGCACUCUUAUUCAGGAUAGUCCUGGGGCAUUCUGGAUUUUUGUUCAAUUAUAUGAAUGAUAUUUGUUUUCUUUAUGCGGAAUGAAACCCUGAGUACCCAGAGUUAACCCACUACGUAUUAAGAAGAGAGAAUAACAGUCAAAGCUCCGCACAGAUGGAUUCACUAAUCCAUCGUACUGCCAUCUCCAGGUCAUCUCCGCAGUCCAAUCCUAAAAUAAAUGGUAUUCCCAGGCAGUCUGUAAUCCCAGUACAAAUCCGGUUCAACCCUGCUUAGCAUUUGACGAGAUCGGGUGCAUUCAUGUAAGAUUUUGGCGAAAACCUGGCUAGAAAAAGGAGAGGGGUGGUGAGGUUAGGCUGAGGGGAGGUGGAGGUGGGUGGUAAGGAACGGCCUUUUCUGAAAUCGCAGCCGGGACCAGCCAGGGAUGUUGGGUAGCCUUAACCUUCAUGCGAAUUGAGGAGACCGGAUGAAGUAAGUCCAUUUAAGGAUCUUAAAAGCAUCAAGGACCCGCCGUAUUUAAGUUGAUGCUGAAUUUUAAUUGCGGUGAGAUCUGAAGCGCGAGAUAGCUGUCAGUGGAGUAACCAGCUAUCAUACACCACCUGUGGCUUUGUUAUCGCAAACUUACGUCACGGUUUAUGCCGGGGGGGGGGGGGGUAACCCUAUGGCCCACACGGGCCCAAUGUGGCCAACGACUUUAUUGUGUGCGGCCGCCACUUGAGGAUCACCACUUCGAAAGGCACCCUUGCAAACAACAUCUGUCCGCCACUGUAAGCGUUUUAAGCCGCCACCAAUCGUUUACUGGAGGAUCUUAAAAGCUAACAUCUCAUCCUGUGUUCUUUGGAAUUUUUGACCUGGCGGCAGGUCGCCAGUGUCACGGUGACCUCCCUCUUGCACUGACACGGGUGAGGUUAAUGCGCCUUUGGCCGCAGUUCAAGCCUUCAUUUUAGCUGGGUCGGCGAGCUGGAAAAUAUUUCCACACGUGGCACGCCACCUCCAGUAUACCUCUCGCGAUGACUGUGGCUUACGACUCGUGUGCCCACCUACUGAAAGUCUUUCUACCGGUGACCCGAUUGAAAAAUGAAGCCUCCGACGAAGGGGGAAUAUUUUUUGACCUGGCAACGCCGUUUCUAAAUUUAGCGUCAUGCUCGAGUCGCUUCUGUUGCUGCCAGGGACCCCCCCCCCCCCCAUAUGCGGCGUGUAAUUUUUCACAUUACUCUUGGAUAACUUGUACUUAGGCGUGCGUCGUUCAUCCAUUUUAGCCAUGACGUCUCAGCUGUGGGAAGCGGCGGCGCAGCGGUUAGCAGGCCCCGCUACGAACCCGGCGACACCGAGAGUUCGAUUCCCGCUCACGACUACCUAUGCCAGCGACGAUUAUCCGAACCGAUCCUGAGCCUCCCCUAGGUCGACUCGGCCUCACAUGAGUAUGCACCUGGUGCGGUGUGUAUUAAACAUCGCCACUUGGGAGACAAAGGCGGCCGGGCGUGGUGCUGGCCACCCACCCCUCUUCGUGUGCCGUCCCGGCCUUAAGAGGUGCUUCCUAACAGCACUUGCCCCAACAAUAUGUUAAAGGCUAUACGGGGGAUAUUGGUCUAUGUUAUGGGGGCAAGGAAAAUUAUCUCCACCCAUGGUUUAUGCCGACUGCAUAAACGUAACAAAGAGAACCUGACUUUGCUGUCCUGUUUUUUUAACCACCUGUCGUUUAUGUGUUCCAUAGUAAAAGUUAUUAAUAUUUGAAGGAAAAAAAACUGUUACAUGUGCAGGGACACUACUUUGAGUAAAAAAAAAGUUCUUCGGUGUUCCAGUGUUCACAAAUGAGCGUGUAGCCAGUGGUGUGAUUUCCACAUUCCUCUGGCCCGAGGUACGUCCGUGGAAAAGGACAACCACUGGAUUUGCUGCCAAGUGAUGCAGCAGCAGCAGCAACAGCAUCAUCAUCAUCGUCAACAUCGCCAAGCAUUGAUCAAUCCACCGCUGUAUGAAGGCUUCCCCAAGCGAUCGCCUUCUCUCACGAACCUGCGCUGUAACAAACAAGGAGCGCCUGAACUCACGAACUGAUUGAAUUGCUUCGUCUCCACGCUCAGUCGACGUCCUAUCACACACGUACCCCCAAUUCCUUGGCUGCCAUUCCAUGGUUUAUCCGUGACCAUCGUCAUAACGUUCUGGCUGCAGCGUCAUCAAAGUGGUACUCGUUUUAGUAACCACAGAGGCAAUAGAGUUGAUGAUGAUGAUGGGGCUGAGUCAACCCUGGCUGGGAUUUGAACUUAUGCUGACCAUAUCUGGGGUGCGUAAGGUCUCCUCAUGCUACACUUUCAGCGACUACUCUUUGACGUGAGUCCUGUGGAAAUGGCCAUAUUGUUGUUGAAGUUAACACUGUGGUGACGGUUAGAAGCGUCAUUCGUUUGCCAUUGUAAUGCAAAACUCGACCAGAGUCUUAACAUUUUUGUUUUUAUUUUAUUAAAGGUGGCUCUUA